ACGUUGGCAACAUUUAUCCCUGCUCAUACGAACGCAAGAUGGCUGCCAAUUUAUGUGAACGCAAGGACAAGUAGAAAAGUGAUAUCCGUUUGUGAUAUUUCGUUUAUAUUUGUGAUAAUAACGAUAAAAAUAUUAUCAUUGUUUUGUGUAUGUGCCUGGAGGAAGUUUUUGUGCAAUAUAUUAUGAGUUAUUAAUGUUUUAAAGUAGUUUGUGUAAUCUUUCGUUGGAUGGUACAAAAUGUUCCUUGUUGAAUUGUGAUUAUUUAUGCAGUGAUACAAGUUUUUGGAUCGCUAUGACGCUUGUUGUUGGAUGAUAUCUGUGUUAUCACCUGGGCGGGUAUGGAGAAGGCCAAGGCGUACAUAAAGAGCUCGCUGGCGUCAAAGCCGGCGUCGCCGUGCGCGUCGCGCGACAAGCCGGCGCCCGCGCAGCAGGAGGACGCGCGCGUGUGCUUCGUGUGCGGCGGCGCCGGGUUCAGCGACCACUACACCGUCAGAGUCAAGCCUGAUACGCAGUGUACGGAGCCUUACUUCCCGUUCCUGGGCGCGCACGCGCCGCCGGCGGGGUACCGCGCGGAGGGCGACGAGGAGGGCACGGUGCGAUGCUGCUGCGUGUGCUACACCUUCCUGCGCCAGCAGUGGGAGCAGUACGACCGCGAGAACAAGCCCCACUCCCAGCGCUUCUACUGGAUGAAGAGGCUUGACGGCAAGCCUUUUAUAGGCGCCGACAUGUCGUUCCAGGGCGAGUACGCGGCGCAAGUGCUGGGUCUGGCGAGCGAGCCGCGCGACGAGACGGCCGCGUCGCCGCGCCCCGCGCCCUUCCCGCCCGACGCGCCCGCGCCGCCGCAGGACAAGGACCAGAACCAUACUAAUCAUACCAAGUUUAAUAAUAAUCGAUUUAGCGGCACGGGCGGCGGCGCGGCGGGCGAGGAGGAGGGCGUGCUGGACCUGCGAGCGCGGGAGCCGUCCGUCAUCUCCGUGGGCAGCCAGCACUCCGGCGCCUCCGAGCCCCCGGGGUACCUCGACGCCGUCAGAUCAACGGUGUCGGUGUACUCGGGCAACUCGAACUCGAGCUCGGACCGCGACAUCCUGGACCUGUCGAUGCCGGACAAGAACUCCAUGACGGAGGUGUGCUACGUGUGCGGCGACGAGUACAAGCGCGGGACGCUCUACAACCUGCACACCAAGGAGCCCAAGGAUAAAUCGAAUAAGCAAGCGUACUUCCCGAUCUUCGGCGAGCAGCACCCGCGGCCGCCGCGCUCGCGGCCCAAGGACGCGCAGGGCACCGUGCGAGCCUGCGCCGCCUGCCAUCACCAUCUGCUGCAGCAGUGGAACGCGUACCAGAUGCGUGCGGUCCCGGCGAACGAGCGCGUGUACACACUUCGAACUCGACCGCCGUCGUUACUCCCUCCCUCCCCGCUGAGCCUGGCGAGCUCGGGCGACAAGUCGCUGGCGGCGCACACGCACUCGCCGUCGCUGGAGCGGCCGGCGUCGCAGCCGUCGGCGCCCGCCACCACCGCCAGCUUCGUGUGCUACGUGUGCGGCGUCAGCGCGCCCAGCUCGCAGCUCCGCCUCGUGUACUGCUGCCCCAACCCCGAGCGGGAGCCCUACUACCCCUUCAUCACGACGCUCAAGCCUCAUCCCGAUGCCAGUCCUAUUAGUCCACAAGGCAUGGUACAAAUUUGCGCGUCGUGUUACAAGAGCAUACCCCACAAGUACCCCGCGUACGGCGAGAACGGCGAGCCCAACGCCGCGCACAAUAACUCACACACCAAUAAUAUUAGGUUUAAGCCAUACGACAUGAAGUCGAGUUCGAGUCAGUCGAGCAAGCGGCCGUCGAACGCGCUCUCCAGCAGUCCCCAGAGCCAGAUAGUGGCGGGGGAGAAUGGCAUGGGACUGUAUAGAUGCUACGUGUGCGCGGGGCUGUUCCCGCAGCAGUCGAUGGAGUGGCUGUCGACGGUGGCGGAGUACAUGAACUCGCACGCGAUGCACUUCCCGUGCCUCGCGGGCGCCGGCGCGCGCGGCGGCCGCGUGCUGGCGUGCUCGCGCUGCGUGCGCCACCUCGCGCGCCAGUGGGAGCUGCUCGACGCCGAGCGCGUGCCGCUCGAACACCGCAGGUACAACAUCCCGUCGCCACUGCCGGCUAACUCGUCGAUGAACGGCGAGCGAGUCAUCCCCACCCCACCGUCGACGACGUCCGACCGGACCGUCGCUAGUAAUAAUGCGUGUACGUCAAUCUACUGUUUCCUGUGCGGGCUGCACUCGGACUUCACGUUAGCGCGGAUCCUGUACGGCCAGCCGCAGGGCAACGCGCCCUAUUUCCCCUGUCUCCUCACACACCAGAGUCACCCGAACGCGGAGCAGCUGCGCGAAAACGGGUCGGCGCUGGUGUGCACCUUCUGUUACCACUCGCUGCUCAGUCAGUGGCGGAGGUACGAGGCGCUGGGCGGGUACCCGGCGGAGCGGCGCGUGUACAACACGCACGACUACCACUGCCAUCUGUGCGGCAUCAAGACUUACAGGAAACGAGUUAGGGCGCUACCUAUUAAAGAAUUCCCAUUCUUAGUGCAAAGGCGGACUGAAAAUUCAUUAUUAUUAGAAAAUGGCGAUUAUGCCGUAGUAUGUUUAGAUUGUUAUGAAAGUUUAAGGACGCAGGCGCAGGACUACUGCCGGCGCGGGGUGCCGGUGGACAAGCGCGAGUACAACUGGCUGCAGCAGCCGCCGCCGCCAGAGGACUCCGCCGACGUCACCAUCGCCAGGCUGCCGUCCGGGGACCGGUCUGAUAAGCUCAUCCCGCAGUCGCUGGUGAUGUCCCGCGGCAGCUCGAAGCGGAACAGCCCCAAGCAGCCCGCCGCGCCCGAGCGACGCCUCGCGCCCAACAAGCUCGACAAGAACGAACAAGGUGUGAGUGCGAGCAAAAUACCUAAGCGAGCCGAGAUCCCCCCGAACAAGGGCGGUCCGUUCGCGGCGGCGCUACGGACGCUCGCCAAGAACGCGGGACCCGACGCUAAGGACGGCACGGCGGCCGCAGCCCCCGACAAGGAGAAGCCGGCGGCGCCGCCCAAGCGCGCCAGCCCGCACCACCUGCCCGCCAGCGGCUUCCAGCCCUACCGACCUGAUGACAGACUGUCGCACCCGGCGGCGUCGUUCCCGCUGCUGGAGCCGAGUGCGUACUCGCCCUACGCGCACCCCAGCAUCUACUCCAGCGCCGCGCUGCAAUACAGACUAGCGGCGGAGGAGCAGAUGUACCUGGAGCGCGUGUUCCGCAGCGGCGCGGUGGGCUGGCUGCCGCCCUACGCGCUGUACCCGCCGCUCGCGCCGCCGCUGCCGCUCGUGCACCCGCACCACGACGACAAGGAGCACCGCGACCGCGAGCGCGAGAGGGAGCGCGAGCGGGAGCGCGAGCAGCGCGAGAAGGAGCAGCGCGAGCGCGAGCGCCUGCAGCGCGACAAGGAGCGCGCCCUGCUGCACCCGCACCUGCUGCCGCCGCCCUACCUGCCGCGCGCGCUGCUGCCGCCGCCGCUGCUGUACCGCCCCUACCGCGUGUACCCGCCGCCCGAGCCCGCGCCGCAGCCCGCGCCGCCCGCGCCGCCCGCGCCGGCGGACCCGCCCGACGAGCCGCCGCGCCCCGCAGCUCGUCCAGUCAAACCGAUAACUCCACUAGCGCCGCCGGAGCAAGAGAGAGCUCCCCCACCGGACCCCAUUCCACCGAAACCACCAGAACCUUUUAAACCUGAAGAACCCAUAUUUGACAAACCUGCAUUUCUUCCAGCAAAACCAAUCCCACAUUCUCCAAAGAUAUCUCCAUCAUCAAUCCCCAAUCCUAAUCCCAGUGUAAUGACGCCAAAACAAGUGGAUGGAUACCCAAACUUCGGCAGUUAUCUCUACUCAAUACCAGGAUACUCUGCAUUUCAACCUAUUAGCUCAGUUUCGUACCCGCCUAUAGUCCAGCCGACACCGCCUCCCGCAGUGCAGAACGAGACACCCAGUCAGGAAUUUAAUCCUUUCCCUACAAAACCUAAAGAAACGCCUACACCUGUUGUUGAAGAAAAAAGUACUGACGCAGAGCCACCAAAAGAAACACUGAAACCACAGACGGACUUCGAAGAGCAUUUUACACCUGAAAUAAUAACAGCGACAUCUAUCCCUGAGAGCAACAAAACACAUACAACUGAGUCAAAGAUGAGCAUAACAUCGCUAGCACAGGGAUCAGGAGCCACGGUCACUAUUCCAUCGCAAAUACCAAAUAAAGAAUUUAAGAAGAAACCUGAAAGGUUUAGUUUAAAAACUAGUAUACCAAUAAGCAAGAUCGAUAUGAAAUGUGUCAGUAAUCCACCCGAUACUGCGUUUCAAAAUUCUUUAGCAAAGAAAACUUUUAAUCCUGCUUUUACCAAAGAUCCACCGAGAGUUGAAAUACAAAGUAAUAUUGUGAUAAAGACAGCAACCAAAGAACCUGAAGUUAAGGAGGUGAAACCGAGCGUCUCAUCAAGUAACAGCAUGUGCACUUUGAUCAAUACUGCAGAGACUGCUAACAAAACUGAAAACCAGUUUCGUGUACCCGAACCUAAAGUAGAUACACCAGCUGAAGUGAAAGAACCUCCUGCAAUACAAAGACCUUUAUUUAACCCCAUCAAUAUAGAAGCCAGCAAAGUGAAUUUCAGUAAACCUCCAGAUCCACCGUAUAAUGAACAGAAAAAUCAAAUAGUAUUUAUACAAAAUAAGAGCAACUCGAACUCAAAGAUGUUGGUCACGAUACAACAACAGAACCCACAAGUUUUAUUACAAAGAACUAACUUCGAGUCAAAAAACCUGCAAGCUCCUUCACGACUGUCAAACCAAAGUAAGAAAUGUAUCGAAGACGUUGUCAAUGAAAGUACUUCGUCGAAAGUGGUCGCACUCAAGAGGCUGCACCAGGAGAACUGCGACGAGAACGAUUUCGAGAAUUUGAUCACAGAGAAUCAAAUCUAUGGUAACAAGAUAGUCGUGAAGGAGAAAUCUCAAGGCACAUUGCAAGAACAAGAUCUAAAAGCGAAAAAGAUGACAGAAAAAGUCACGCCACCGGAAACUAAGAAUGUUGUUUUACAACCAAACUUUGUAUACUUGAGCAACGUUCAGUUUCCUAACUUGAUGAUGAUCAAAAAUAAUUCAAAAGUCACACAAACAUCUGACUCAAAUAAAGUUCAAAAAAUAGCUCCAAAAGAAAAUAAAACUGUACCUGAAAUUACUGCUGUACAGAGCUCUGAAAGUAAUUCUGAAAUUAAAACCACAAAACCAAAUAUAACUGUGAGUAAAGAAAUUCAUGUAUUGAAAUCUAGUAACAACGUAUUGCAAACUCUGUCAAAUAAAACCAAGCCUGAUAUUGUUAUCCAAGCUAAUCCAAAAGUUAUAGUAAGUCCACAAAUAGUGUAUCAAGUACCGAUUACAUCAAUCGUGGAAACUGAUAAAGUUAACCAACCGUUCAAAAAACGAGACUAUCCAAAAUUCAUUGCACCCAAGAAGGAAGCACCUAAAAAACUAGAUCAAACCAAAACAAAUGACAAAUUAUACAUAGCCUGUCCUUAUCAAAUGGAUUCCAAAUUGCAGCCCAAAAUUGUCAUCACAAAUAUUCGACCAAAAAUAAAUAAAAUAGACGAAGUCAGUUCUUUGGAUGUUUAUGAAAAACGAAAACGAUUGAGGCGUCUCAAGUAUUUGUCUAAUCGAGAAAACAAGGAUGUUAAAGCUGAUCCGAAGAAAGUGGAAAAGACUGAAAUACGUAAUGUAAUUACACCUGAUAAGGUAAAAAACGAGAUUUAUAAAGAAUUUGCAAAAACUAAAGUAGGUAUGGAUGCAGGCAGCAGUGGGAGUGACACAGAUGACUACGGAGAAGAAGAUCUGAAAUCUUAUGACGAAAUUAUUGAAGAAUAUGGCGGAAAAGGUGACAAGGAUAAUGGGAAAAUUGAUUUCAUGGCUAAUCUAAGAUUAGCGACAUUAGAAGCGUAUAAAGAAAAAGACCUGGAGCUUCAAGACAAGGUUCUGAGGAACGAUUCGGUGGCCUCAGCUUACGCGGCGGUGGGUAAACUGGACGUGCUGCUGAACGUUCCUCAUGACGAAGCAGUGGAGACGCCUGCAGAGGAAGACAAGCUACUGGAGGAUGUACAGCAGGAGAAUAGGACGGCCACGCAGAGGAAGAAACUGUUUCUGUCCAAGUUGAAGCUUACGCAAGUCACGCAGAAGUAUAAAGAAGGUUACGACAAGGUGUGGCAAGAAAUAUUAAAAGAAAGGAAACGACGGAACAGCAACCCAGACUUAGAAGAGAAUUGUAAAGAAGCCCGUCUCGGGUUUGACCCUAACUGCCAACUGCGACUGCUGACUGAAAUCAAGAAAUGUGUUAACGAAAAUAACAACCUUAUCAAGAAGAGAUUAGACUCAGUUUCCAUUGUCGAUUCUAACGAUGAAAGCAUAAAAGUGCUAGCAGAGAAGAAUUUCUCUGAACUUAACCGCCUAUCCAAAAUGGCGGACCGUAGCGUGAAGCUGUUCAAAGCUCCGAACACGAGGAAACGAGAUCUAAACCCCGGCUUCGACAGCGAGAACAUUAAAAAGCCAAAUAUAAAGAUUCAGCAGCCGUACCAGAACUAUCCUAAGAUUAAGAUUCCGAGUAUUUCGAAGAUAAUAUCGUUGAAAUCGACGCAGGAGUGUGCGUCGGCGACGUCCACGCAGGCGACAUCUAUGGACGAGCCGCAGAACUCGGCGGCGGGCGUCACCGAGAUGUUCGAGGAGAAGACCAGCUCUGAGAAGACGAGAGACUUCUGCUGUCAAGUAGACGAACCUUCGUGGCCUGAGGUUGAAGCACUAGUCAAGAGUUAUAGGGAUUAUGAUAUAGGUAAUUUUUUUAUUUCCUUAUUUCGGCUCCAAAAUCAACACGACACGACGAUGGUCAUUCUGGUGUACUUUUAG